GCGACUGCGUUCAAGCAGUAGCCGGAGCCAGUCACAGCCUCCUGCUGGACACGGGGCUUCAGCCGCUAGUAAAAGAAGAAAAGUCGCCGCUACCAGCCCGAGGAAGCCAGUUGCCAAACAUCAGUGUUCAGCCGCAUGACUGACAAGCUUGUCAAGUGCAUCGAGUCGACAUGACGGGCUGUUGUGUUCCCAAGUGCGCCGGAUCGACGCGUAAAGGACUUCGUUGUUUUCGCUUCCCCCGGGACCCAGAGCGAAGGAAGAGAUGGGAAGCCCAAGUAAAGCGGGAUCACUGGAAGGCAACGGACAACUCCUACAUUUGCGAGAAACACUUUGAAGAGGACCAGUACGAGGGAAAUCGACAAGAUGGGCGCCGUCUGUUAAAGUCAACAGCCCUGCCCACGCUGUUUCAAUUUCGACCUGUGCCUAAGCGAAGACCUCCUGCGAAGCGGCGUGCCCUUUCUUUGAAGGUACCCAGUGCGGCAGUGAACAGUACAAACAGCAGCAUCGUGACCAACGUGUCAACACCUGAAGAUAGCGUGAAGGCUGAGGCAGCCCCAGGCACUGAAAGUUCAGCUUUCACUCUGGUACAGGUACAUCUGCUUCAGCCGCCUGAUGUUGAACAAGUUAUUCAGAGUACAUCGUCCAGCACUGGGUCUAAAAAACAAGGCUAUGUGAAUGCCACGGUGGUCUCAAGCUCUGAAAGUUCAGCUUCCGCUCCGGUACAGGUGCAUCUGCUUCAGCCCCCUGAUGUUGAACAAGGUGUUCAGAAUACAUUGUCCACCACUGAGUGUAAAAAACAGCGCCAGGUCCCCACGGUACCGAGUGACCCGCCAUCAGCAUCUGCAAUCAGUCCUACAGAGCAGUUCGCCUCGGCAAACAUGACUGGACAAGUGAGUGCCAAGCCCUGCCCAGGUCAACAGCCUCUCCCGCUUGCCAAGAAAGCAGCGAUACUUGCCGACGUACGCGCAGGAAAGCUCAGCAAGGCUGAAAUUGUGUUCAAGUACCACAUACGUUGGGCUGUCUUAUACGAAGUCAUAAAGACUGCCAGUGAAAUAGAUGCCGCAUUAAAGCACCUUGUCGUGACGCCUGAAAAAAGUGACUCACAUUUGGUGGCGGAAGCACGUGGUUUCGAGGGCAAGCCUGAUGCUUCCAAGGUGCAGGAGAGCCAGGAGGGAAUCUCAACGACUCCGGGGGCAUUCUUCAUGUCAGAAGACUUGUACUUCAACCCCCCAAAGAAGCGCAGUAGGCAACUGGGUUCGAGGCAUAAGAAGUGCCUUCUGUCUUUAGAUGUCCAGAGUGCAUCCGGAGCAAGUGCAGAGACGAAUAUUGAUAGCCUCGGUGUGGCAAUUCCAACGACCACCACGAUCAAGAUUGGAGAAGCUGGGCACAGUGAGAGAACGAAUGGAUCAAAGCCCGUGGCUAGAGCUAUGCAUACUGUGUCCACGCAGACAGUGUCGUCGUCCGGAAGAGGGUCACUCAUCACGUUCCUGUCAACUACGAAUGGUGCCGAUGGAAUGACUCAAGUCAACCACAGACGACAGGCUGAUAAGGGUUCUGGACCUGCCACACAUUUCCAGAAGCUGCCAGCUGGUCUGAGCACAGACGGGGACUGCAAAGGCCUGUUGCCGCUGGAGUUUUCACGGCACUUUCGUAAAAUGGAUGACAAUGAUGAUAAUGCGACUCGCGUCGAAGACGAUACCGUUUGUUGGCCGCGGGCUCCUCCUUCGCCGCAACCGGAAUUUGUGACCGACUCUGCGAGCUCCUCAGCGCCUGCUGAGUCGUCCGGCUUCAGUCUUUUAAACGUCAAGCAAGAAGUCGAAGACAGUGACACUGAACAAAUUGUGUUUGAUCCCCUUGUUGUGCCAAAGCAAGAACCGCACUCACCACAAGGGGGAGACUGUGAUGACUUUGUUAUGGAGUGCGACGUAGACGUCGAACACAGUGGUGAACAAAAUUUUCAGCUUCUUCCGCAUAAUGUCAAUAAUGCCAUGAGCCAGUCGGAAGGUGUUAGUGUAAAGUGUGAACCCUUGUCACCGUAAUGUAUUGUGGACCAACAAAAUUUUUAGAGGAUGUCACAGAUAACAUG